AAAAGACUUGCGCCUUUUAGCGCAUGCGGCUGAUGACUUUUGUAUGGCGGCUUAUUUACACAUGUGAAAGUAAAAGGGAAAAUGGAGACAGAUGUUGCUGAUUUUUCUGAUCUUCGACAACAAGCCGAGCAGCUGACUGCUGAAUUUGACAGCGCCUCAGACUUACCAAGAGUCAACAGGAAUAUAGCACAGAUCCUUGAAGCAGGGUCCCGUCUGCUGUCAAAAGUUGCCCCCAUCAGUCAAGACUCCACUGAUGUUAGAGCGUCCAUAUUGCUGGGUACUAAAGGAUAUGAUGUACCAAAAAUUUCUCAGAAACUAGAAGGCUUGAGUGCAUCCAAGACAUUUGAGCCUCUAGAACCAGUAAAAGACACUGACAUUCAAAGCUUCUUAAAAAAUGAAAGAGAAAAUGCUUUGUUGGCAGUGAUUGAGCAAACAAGGAAACAUACAUUCGAGGAAUCUGAGAGGAGACACUGGGAAUGCAUGGAAAAUGAAUGGGAAAGAGAAAAACAAAAAAUUCUGAACACACUUCGGGGUCUGAACCAGGAGACAACAGACUUCCAACCAGAGGCAGAGAGUUUUGCUGUGGAUCCUGUCAGCAUGCAUGGUCGAAGUAAUCUCAACAACAUAGAGAUGGCAUAUGCUAGACAGGUGUACAUGUACAAUGAACAAGUCCUGCAGGGCAGCAUCAGGCCCAGCCUGGUGGACGCCUUCUCUGAUGUGGCCGUCAGUCUUGAUGAUAAGCCUGUGAUGGACCUGUGGGAACAAGUGAGGUACAUGGUAGAUGUCCCCAUGAUCUCCUCUAACAGCGUGAAGGAGUCGCGCACAGACUACCGCACACAGGCCGCUUUUGUUCAGAAAGGCAAGGAGUACCUGGAGCAAAUGUACUCCAAACACAUACAGAACACGAUCUACAGUAACCUUCAGCAGGCCCAGCUUGGGGGAAUCCCCUCCACCUACAACCAGGUCAAGAGUUACCUCAACGUCCGCCCGCCUCACAUCAAGGGCCUGGAGGAUGGGCAUGUGGACGGACACCCGGUCUGGGCUAUGAUCUAUUUCUGUCUGAGGUGUGGCGACCUCCAAGCUGCAUUACAGGUCACAGAAAAAGCAUCUCACAGUCUUGGGGACUUUCCUGCUUUUCUCAGAGAAUAUGUCACAGAUGAAGACAACAGAUUGUCUGCCGCCAGCGAAACAAAGAUCAAUCUUCAUUAUCGCCGAAUCAUCAAGAAUCAAAACGAUCCUUACAAAAGGGCAGUGUUCUGUGUAGUGGGGCGAUGUGAUCCUGCAGAAGAUCAUUCAGAGAUAGCCGAUAAAAUCGAUGACUACCUGUGGAUCAAAUUAUCCCAGAUCCAGGUGGACUCUGACCCCUCGCGACAGGACGGCUUUACUCUCCAGCGGCUACAGAGUCUGCUUUAUGAAGACUUUGGUGAAAGCCAUUUCAAUGGGUACCAGAACCCCUUCCUUUACUUCCAAAUUCUCAUCCUGACGGCUCAGUUUGAGGCAGCCAUUGAGUUCAUGUCCCGGAUUGACCGCCUCCUCUGCCACGCUGUCCAUGUAGCUCUGGUUCUGUAUGAACUCAAGAUGCUGAUGCUCCCUCCUUCUACUCAAGCUCAGCUGUUAACUAAAGAAUCAUCUGAUGAAGGACCCUUGAGGAGACUGAACUUUGUCCGCCUCAUCACUAUGUACACACGCAAAUUUGAAGCCACCGACCCAAGGGAGGCGUUGCAGUAUUUCUACUUCCUAAAUGAUCUGAGGACGUCCCAAGGAGAGAAUCUCUUCAUGUCGUGUGUUAGUGAACUUGUGUUGGAAACUAGAGAGUUUGAGAUGCUGUUGGGGAAGAUGGAACCAGAUGGCACAAGACGAUUGGGUGCAAUAGACAAAUUUCACCAUGAUACGCAGAGAAUCAUUGAGCUGGUUGCCAGGGAUACAGAAAACAAGGGAAUGUUUGAGGAGGCUGUCAUGUUGUAUGAUCUAGGAGAUAAACAUGACAAAGUGCUGGAGUUACUGAAUCGACUGAUCAGCCAGGUGGUAUCACAGCCCAAUACCCCCCAGUCUGCUCGGGACAGGCUCCGAGCCAUGGCCCUCAGUAUCGCCAAACGGUACAGAGAGAGGAAUAAUGAAGGGUCAAGGUCAAAUACCAGCACAUUUUACCUUUUGCUUGACCUUUUGACCUUUUUUGAUUCUUACCAUGAAGGAAAUGUAGAUGAAGCUUUUGAGGUGAUGAAGCAGUUAAAAUUACUUCCCUUGACAGCUGAUGCUGUGGAACAUAAAGUGAACGCCUUCAGGCAUUACACAGAUGAGGUCAGAAGAUGUCUACCAGAUAUUUUGAUAGCAACCAUGAACAUAUUACAUAAUCAGUACAAGAAUGCCAAAAACUCAGCUCCAAGGGGAGGCUAUUCAGGACAAGGCAGAUCAGAAGAUGGAGGCAGAGAAACGUACCUAAAUUAUCUCCGAAGUCAGGCAAGAGCCUUGAUAAUGUUUGCAGGAAUGCUGCCUUACAGACUGCCAGGGGACACCAACGCUCGCCUGGUCCAGAUCGAAGUGCUUAUGAACUGAUUCAAGACGGUUACCAGUACAGGGUGCUGAAUGUUGUGUUCAAGACUUUAUAUUGUAAUGAAUUGAUAAUAAAUUAAAUAAAAAAAUAUUUAAAUAUUAAGUAACUCUCAUUACAUAACAUCUGACAAUGUUUAGUGGUUUUUCUGCUAAGAAAAGGCAGAGUUAAUCAACAACUGUUCAAUCAACAAAUUGGAAGAAGAUUUUUUAAUUAAAAACCUGAUAUCAAUGUUCGUCCUUGCUGCUAACCUUAUGAUAAAUGUAUUGUCUAUGAUUUGGUUGGAGGUAAGAAAUGAAGCUGAACAGAAUUUAUA